CGCCCAAGCGUCCGAUGACAGCAGGUGGAGACCGGCGAGCACCGUCGGCCAGCUCUCCGAGAGUACAGGGAAUUUUCAGCCACGCGGCAAUCAAGUCUAAGGGUCUGUGUCUCUUGUCCUGGCGCUUCAGCAGGGCUACCAUUCCGCGAGUCUGUGGCGCUUGGGGCCAAGAUGCUGUGUUCUGCCUGCGCCCGCUGCUUAGGCGCGAAGCAGGGAAAAACUCGUAUCAACUCCGCCGUACCCCGACCCCACAUCGCACCGCCCGGCGAUGGUGAGGGAGGGCACCUGGGCAGAGGAGCACCCUCGAUCACAGUCAGGUGCGUGGAGUCGGGUGCAGAGAGACCGACGCACCACUACCUCAUGGGUCAAGGGCGGAGCGCCUUCUCACAUGCUCGGCAGUGCUGAGCCCUGCCAGGGGGCGAGCGACUGGCUGACAUGGUCUGCAGCGAGAGGUGGUGGGAGAGGAGGAGUGGAGGGAGCCCUUGGCCAGGUUCGUUGCCAGGCUCCUCUCGCCGGCAUGGCCUCCGUCUCGCUUCCCUCUCGUCUGGGCGCAGAUUAUCUCCGCCAUCUCUCUCCCCACGCGGGAGGAGGAGCUUCAGCAAUCGGAGCAGGCGGCGCCAAGGGCAGGCGACGGAUGCAAGCAGGCCGACCCGUCGCAGAGGCAGAAGACCAGACAGGCAGACGAUCAGGCCGGCAACUCGGCCAGUCGUCCUACCACCCACCCCUCACCCAUAGCCCGCUCCGUUGAAACAUCCUUCCAUUACACCAUCGCCCGUGUCCCUCCUUCUGUCACAGCCUUCCCCACUCAUUCAACUGCACACUCCUCCAUAUUAAUCACUCCCGGUGCAGGAGCAUACAUACCCCCCUGCGUCUCUCGAAGAUCACCGGCUGGCAGAAGCUCUUGUCAUUACGUAUUUCC